AUGGUCUUGUUUGAGGUAUUGAUUUUAUGCCUCAAGCUCCUAAGUAUUGAUGAUAUUAAUAGACUUCUUGGUGUUGUAUCGAAUGACGAUAUUUGUGAUGGUAAUGUUGAAAAUACAAAUCCAAAAUUAUAUUUCCAUCUUCAACAACAAAGAUUAAUAGAAUAUAUUAGACAAGGAAGAGUAUCUGAAGCUUUAGAAUUCGCACAAGAUGAGUUAGCACCUCUAGGAGAAGAGAAUCCUGAGUUUCUUGAAGAACUCGAGAGAUCAAUGGCAUUGUUAGCGUUUGAUGACACAACCACAUCCCCUGUAGGAGAUUUACUUCACCCAUCACAACGUCUACGUACAGCUAGUGAACUAAAUGCCGCAAUUUUAACUUCACAAAGUCAAGAAAAAGAUCCAAAAUUACCAAAUUUAUUAAAAAUGUUGGUUUGGGCUCAAGAUGAAUUAGAUGAGAAAGUAACAUAUCCCAAGAUUAAAACUAUGGCAUAUUCAGUGAAAGGACAUCACAGGAGCGUGGGUAGAUUUAAUACUUCAUCAAUUUCAGCAUCAAGCCUUGUAGAAAGACGAUGA